GGGGGCAGUCGCCUAAAUGGCAUGUUUCCUUACAGUGAAACGGCUCAUUCUGGAAUGUACUGACACUGUCAAGAACAAAACUGCUGACAUCGCUUUCUGCGAACUUCUUUCAGAACUUCUUAAAUAUGGUUUGUAUGUGGGGUUAAAAAGGUCAUAAUAGGUCUCUUUUAACUAUAACUUUGCUAACUGCUUGUUUCUACUCCACUCAGAUUUAACAGGAGAACAUUUCUCUGUGGCUGAAUUUUGACGAAUGAUGGCAGAGCAACCUUUGACUGACUGGGACAGUGGUCUAUUUGACUGCUUUGAGGAUGCAAGCACUUGUUGCUAUGGUUUUUGGUGCUUUCCUUGCCUCGCCUGCACUGUUACGGGACGAUUUGGAGAGUUCAGCUGUCUUCCUGCAUGUGAUAUCUUUUGUGGUGGUCCUGUUCCUCCUGUUGCUCUUGCUAUGAGGGUUGCAAUGCGAAACAAAUAUGGCAUCAAGGGCUCUAUUGGUAAAGACCUGAUGACUUCCUGUUGCUGUGCGGUUUGCUCCUGGUGUCAGAUGCACCGUGAGCUAAAACAUCGCAAAGAAGCUCCAGUCGUCAUCAACAUGCAAUCCCAAACUGUUGUCAUGCAGCCUGCUCCAAUGAUGAUGAUGGCACCUGCAUAUCCUCCUCCAGUACAUGCUGUCUCAACAGGAUUUGUGCAGGCUCAUUAAUUAUAUGUGGGGCCAUAUGGGGUUUGAUGCAAAGAAACACAAUAAAACAUUGAGUGGUCUGUGAGUAAGGGGGAAUCUAUUUGAAUGCAUGUAAUAAAAAAAUGAGGAAAGAUAGAAAUAGUGUUGAAAAAAAUACAAUAAAUUCAAAUUUCUACACAUAUUGGAUGAAACAAUAAUUUUUCAGUACAUGUUUAAAGUAGUUUUUCCUGAAGUUGGGGUCAGGGCCCCACUCAGGGUCAUACUAAGUUCAGAAUCUUAGGAUUUUUAUUUCACUUUCUCUUAAAGUUUAUUGUUUUUAUUUUUUAUCUUUCUUUUAAUGUUCUGCAACACUGUUUGUUCUUGUGUGUUUUAUGGUUAUAUUCAGCACAUUGGUCUGCUGAUAAGGUGUGGAAAGUGCUUUAUAAAUAAAUAAACUGAACAGAA